AUGCGUCUAUCCAAUACGACGAUCAUCGUCAUGGUAGCCGGCGUCGGUGCCGCUAUUGCCUCUCUCUACACAGGGGCGGAGCAGCGAGAGGAGGCGGUGGUGGGCGUGAGGGAGCGGCAGCAGCGGCGACUGGAGGAGGAGGCGAAGGCUGCAGCUGAGGAGCGGGCGCGCGUGCAGGCACGGCAGCGGGACGAGGCGCGGCAAGCAGCGGUGGCAGCACUAGAGGCGAGCCGAGGCCACUCACUGCGAUCCAGAGGGGGAGGGGUAAAGUCUGAGGGGGACCCGCAGAUCAAAGACCUUGGAACGGAGGGAGAAGGGGGAGGAGAAGUGGGAGGAGAAGGGGGAGGAGAAGGGGGAGGAGAAGGGGGGGGAGAAGGGGGAGGAGAAGGGGGAGGAGAAGGGGGAGGAGAAGGGGGAGGAGAAGGAGGAGGAAGAGCAGAGGUGAACGAGGGUGUGGUGGGUGCAACGGGUGAUCUGGGAGGGGGCAGCGGGGCGCAUGGCAGCAGCAGCGGGUAUGAGGUUGCUGGGCUUGUGAGGCGGCGCAGGGGAGGAGGGGGGCAGGAGGGAGGGAGAGAGGACGAGGAGGGGGAAGAGGGGGAAGAAAGGGUUGGAGGGGAAGGAGGGGUUGGAGGAGAACGAGGAGAAGGCGGGGAGAUGAGGGGUGGUGUGAUGGGAGGGCGACUGGGUGUGGAGGGUGGAGGGUGGAGAUCAGCUGCAUCGCUGGAAGCAGAGAAAGAGAGGAAGAGGCAGGUAUGGCGAGUGGAGUGCAGGUAG